AUGGAUCUACGAGUACUUCCCAUGUUUACGAGAUCAGAAGUUGGGGACACGUGGAUUGGUGUGCGGGGAACCUUUUGCUAA